AUGGAUCGAUUCCUUAAGCCAGAACGAUUCGAUGCCGAUCCAAAUGCUCAAGACGCUUCUAAACAGUGGAGUCAUUGGUUUCGCACUUUUGAGAAUUUCUUGUCCACGAUCGAUAACCUGAAACCGGAUAAAUUAAACGUCCUGACUAACUACGUUUCUCCGACAAUCUGGGAAUACAUUAGUGAAUGCUCCAGUUAUAAAGAAGCUGUUAAAUUGCUGCAAGGCCUCUACCUACGACCCAAAAACGAAAUUUUCGCCCGCCAUCUUCUGGCAACCUACAGACAGGAAGGCGGACAAACCCUUGACCAGUUUGCUCAGAAGCUGAAAUCCUUAGCUAAGGACUGUGAUUUCAAAGCCGUUACGGCAGAACAAAAUCGCGACGAUGCCAUUAGAGAUGCGUUUAUCAGUGGCCUUUCAUCAAACCAGAUUCGGCAGAGGUUAUUGGAACAGAAGACUUUGAACUUCCAAACUGCCUUUGAUCUGGCAAGGUCACUGGAAUUGGCAGAAAGACAGUCUCUAUCGUAUCAGAACCCCCCGACGACCUCAUUCUCUGCCGCUACCAAGCCACGUGAAGCUUCGUCGAGUCCCAUUAAAGAGUCCGAUCUAGUGGCUUCUACCUCAUUCCAUGGCAAAUGUUUCUUUUGUGGAUACGACAACCACCGCCGUUCUAUGUGUCCCGCACGCGAUGCGUUAUGCAAAGGGUGCGGUAAGAAAGGGCAUUUUCAAAAGGUGUGCCUAACAUCACGAAACCGACAAGCCUCCUCUUCCGCUAUGUAUCCCACCAUUUCCACCGUGGCAUCAGCUGCUGUUCCCGAAUGUCUUUCAAGAGCAGUGGUUGAAUUACAAAUAAAUGGGACUACUUUUCAGGCCCUAAUUGACACAGGCAGUUCUGAAAGUUACAUUUCUUCCUCAGUGGUGCUCCGAAAUAAGUGGAAGGUUCAUAACUCUCGCACAAAGAUAUCCAUGGCUACCACAGCCUUAACCAGCGCCACACAAGGACAUAUUUUUGUCACUAUUAGAUAUAAUGAUACAAUAUACGAGAAGGUCAAGCUAUCCGUCUUGCCAAACUUGUGCGCCGAUGUUCUUCUUGGACAUGACUUUCUCCGACUUCACAAAAGUGUUGAAAUCCCUUUUGGUGGACCUAAAUCUACGUUCUCGACUUGUUCUGUUGCAGCCGCUUGCAUCGAGCCUCCCCGUUUGUUUCCCAAUCUGACACCAGAUUGCAAACCUAUCGCUACGAAAUCUCGCAGACACACCAAUAUGGAUGAGAAGUUUAUACGAGAAGAAAUUCGUCGCCUUCUUUCUGAGGGUGUAAUUGAGCAUUCAUUAUCCCCUUGGCGAGCCCAAGUCUUGGUCGUAGCCAAUGAAAACUACAAAAAGCGGAUGGUUGUCGAUUAUAGCCAAACGAUCAACAGAUACACUCUUCUAGAUGCCUAUCCCUCCCCCAGAAUAGACGAAAUGGUUGAACGUAUUGCAAAUUACGACACGUAUAGCACUCUCGAUCUCAAGAGCGCCUACCACCAAAUACCCAUCCGAGUAGAGGAAAGACCGUACACUGCCUUUGAAGCUUGUGGACGUUUAUACCAUUUUUGUCGUAUCCCGUUUGGUGUGACCAACGGAGUUGCGUGCUUCCAGCGGACCAUCGACGACAUAAUUGCACGCGAACGUCUAAAGAAUAUUUUCGUCUACGUGGACAAUAUCACUAUUUGUGGGAACGGCCUCGCGGAGCAUGAUUCAACCCUUCAAAAAUUCCUUAGCGUGGCUGAAAAGUACGGACUAACAUUCAAUGAAGCCAAAAGUGUUAUCGCUACUAAGGAAAUUAAAAUUCUUGGUUACGAGGUGUCCAAGGGCAACAUUAGACCGGACCCAGAUCGUCUAAGGCCUUUGCGUGAAAUGGCUCCUCCACAAGAUCUUAAGUCUCAACAACGAGCUGUGGGACUGUUCGCAUACUACUCGCAAUGGAUAUCUCACUUUUCGGAUAAAAUUCAUCUGCUCAUCCAUAACAGAACGUUCCCUUUACCAUUGAAGGUAAUAGAAGCGUUUGAUGCUCUUAAGGAGGAACUUGCGAAAGCCACAGUGGCCACUGUUCGGUACGAUACCCCAUUAGUUGUCGAGACCGAUGCUUCAGACGUCGCUAUCGCUGCCACGCUGAAUCAGAAUGGCCGGCCAGUAGCGUUCUUUUCACGUAGCCUAUCUCCAAAUGAGCGACAUCAUUCAGCUAUAGAGAAAGAAGCAUAUGCCGUAGUGGAAUCCAUACGCAAAUGGAAGCACUUCCUCCUCUGUAAUCAUUUUAAACUCAUCACGGAUCAGCGUUCUGUUGCCUUCAUCUUCGGCAAUCCACAAAAAGGGAAGGUCAAGAAUGAUAAGAUCGAACGCUGGAGAUUGGAACUGUCACCAUUCAAAUUUGACAUUGUCUACCGACCUGGUAAAGAAAAUCGAGCGGCGGACAUGCUUUCCCGUAAUUGCGGUGGCGCCCUAUUAACCAGUGUGGAUUUGAAAGAACUACACGAGUCACUUUGCCAUCCCGGUGUCUCUCGGCUUUCGCACUUUGUUCGAGCUCGGAAUCUCCCCUUUUCGAUGGAAGAGAUUCGUAAUGUCGUCACUAAAUGUCAGGCCUGUUGUGAAAUCAAACCCCGUUUCUUUAAAACACAAGGCCAACUCAUCAAAGCCACUCAGCCGUUCGGACGAUUGUCACUCGACUUCAAAGGUCCUCUUCCGUCGGCUACUCACAACCGCUAUCUGCUGACGAUUAUUGAUGAAUAUUCUCGUUUCCCUUUUGCGUUUGCCUGUCCUGAUCAGACUGCCGGAACUGUCAUUAAAUGUUUGUGUCAGCUCUUCUCCAUUUUCGGUACUCCUUCGUACAUACACACCGACCGGGGAUCGUCAUUUAUGUCGGAUGAUGUUCAGCAAUUCCUUCACAGUAAGGGAGUGGCGACAAGUAGAACAACUCCAUACAAUCCCCAAGGAAAUGGACAGGUUGAACGUCUGAACCAAACUUUAUGGAGGACCAUCUUGCUUGCUCUGAAAUCACAAAAUUUGCCCGUCACACACUGGGAAUCCGUCUUACUUGACGCUUUACACUCAAUUAGAUCACUUUUGUGUACCGCCACUAAUGCAACACCUCAUGAGAGAAUAUUUGUCUACAACAGGAGGUCAACUACUGGCACUACUCUCCCCAUGUGGCUUACCUCUCCUGGCAGAGUUCUGUUGAAGAAAAGCAAUCAACAGUCUAAGUUUGAUCCGCUCGUUGAGGAGGUGGAACUACUCCAGUGUAACCCCCAAUAUGCCCAUAUACGAUUCAGUAAUGGCAGAGAAGAAACGGUAUCUGUUCGACAGCUUGCUCCCAGCGGUGAAAAGGACGUCGGUGAUUGCCACCAGGAGACGGCCAUGCCGGUACCAGAAAAUCUCUCCCCACUUUCCCCUGACCACCCACCCAUUACCGAGCAAGAAAGUAGCACCGUUUCAACUGACGGACAGAAUGAUGCAACACCUGUUAGUUUUCCGAACGCUGACGAUGUCCGUAUGCAUAACCUUGAAACAUUAACCCAACAACAACAACGUGUUCACCCAUACUGUCUUCGUAACAGAGACGCCUGA